CGUUCCAGAAUCCUGAGGAAGAGGUGCAAAAUCGACCCGAGUCGGAGAAACUAAAACAAGACCAAAGGAAGGAAAAGCCAAAAGGUGUGUUUGGCGCUGUCUCUGUCUUAUCCGGGAAAAUCUUCUUCCUCAUCCUCAAUCUUCACGCCACCUUCUUCCUCUUCAUUUCACCACAAAAAGGAAGCAAUUUGGGUCUUUUCGGAUUCUCCAAUUAGCGUCAAGUUCUUGGUGGCUUUCAUUAUUCCUUUCCUUGAUCGUAAAUUAGGGUUUUUGGGAGGUUGAUGAUUAGGUGCGGGAGGAAUACAUCCUCGAAUUGGAGUAUCAUAGAGAGUAUAUGUUACCCAGAAACGUGAUUUGUUGCUGCCAAUGUGACCUUCUGUUAUCCUCUGGUUUGUUUGUUUGAUGCUGAGCUCCAAGUUGCUUGGUGCAAUCUAAUAUUGAAGAAGAAUGAAAAGUGUUAGAGAUUGGGUUUUCUCUCAGUUGCUAUCCAAGUCAUUAAUCUCAUCUAGACCACUAUCAGGCAGUGGUAGUUUCUAUGACGAGGCACCUCAGAACGGAGAACAUGAAGAACAAGGUUUGGUUCAGUCAGAUGUUUUGGUAGUGCCAUCACUUGCUUCUACUACAUUGAACUCCUCUGAUGAACAUAACUCCACCAUGCAGCAAGUCUCAGAUACAGAACCCUGUCACUCUCAACAUCGUGUCAUAGGAAAGCAGAAGGAUCCCUUGGCAAAGAUUGAAGAUCUCCAAGUUAAGUUUUUCCGACUGCUUCAGCGUCUUGGCCAGUCACAAGAAGAUCUCAUGGUUGCAAAGGUUCUUUAUCGGAUGCACCUAGCAACCUUAAUACGUGCUGGAGAAUCAGAUCUGAAAAGUGUUAACCUUGGCAUAGGCAAAUCACGAGCAUUGGCAAGUGAACAAGAGGCAGUUGGUAUUCCCCAAUUGGAUUUCUCCUGCAGCAUACUUGUCCUGGGUAAAACAGGAGUCGGUAAAAGUGCUACCAUAAAUUCCAUAUUUGAUCAAGUGAAAACCAUAACUGAUGCAUUUGGACCUGCAACUAACAGGAUUCAGGAAGUUGUUGGAACUGUCAAUGGGUUUAAAGUAAGGGUGAUAGAUACCCCUGGCCUCCUGCCUUCCUCUACUAGUAAUGUGAAGAAAAAUAAGAGGAUCUUGCUCUCCAUAAAGAGAUUCAUUAGAAAGUCCCCCCCAGACAUUAUUUUGUAUGUUGAAAGACUUGAUCUUGUCAAUGUGGGCUCUAAUGACUUCCCUAUUCUGAAGCUUAUAACUGAAGUAUUUGGCUCAGCAAUCUGGUUCAACACUAUCCUUGUCAUGACUCAUUCCCACUCAGCUAUUCUGGAAGGACCUGAUGGGCAUAUUGUCAAUCAUGAGUUAUAUGUGUCUCAAUGUACUAAAUUAAUGCAGCACUAUAUUCAUCAGGCAGUUUCUGACUCAAGGCUUGAAAACCCCAUUCUCUUGGUUGAGAACCAUCCUCUGUGUCCAAAAAAUAUCAAGGGGGAGAAGAUUCUUCCAAAUGGAAGAGUCUGGAGAUCUCAAUUUUUGUUAUUUUGCAUUUGUACCAAAAUUCUGGCUGAUGUUAAUUCCCUCCUUAAGUUUCAGAACAGUGUUGAACUGGGCCCUUCAAAUAGUGCAAGAAUGCCUUCUCUGCCUCAUCUUCUCUCAUCCCUUUUACGGCGACACUCUGUAUCCCAUCCGAGUGGAAUGGAUGAUGAAAUUGAUCAAAUAUUACUCAAUGAUGUGGAAGAAGAAGAUGAAUAUGAUCAAUUGCCAUCCAUUCGAAUCUUGAAAAAGGCCCAGUUUGAAAAAUUGUCCAAGGUGCAGAAAAAAGAAUAUCUUGAUGAGUUGGAUUACAGAGAGACUCUGUACUUAAAGAAACAGUUGAAAGAAGAGUACCGUAGACACAGAGAGAAGACACUCAUGAAGGAGCAAAAUUUGUUGCAUACUGAUCAUCCUGAAGAUCAGCAGCAACCUCCAGAGCCUGUUCUGUUACCAGAUAUGGCUGUUCCUGUGAGUUUUGACUCAGACUGUCCUUUUCAUAGGUAUCGUGGCCUUAUUGCAAGUGACCAAUGGCUUGCAAGACCUGUUCUUGAUCCCCAGGGAUGGGAUCAUGAUGUGGGCUUCGAUGGUAUAAACUUGGAGACAGCUAUGGAAAUAAACAAGAAUGCAUAUGCAAUGCUUACCGGACAAAUGAAUAAAGACAAGCAAGAUUUUAAUAUUCAAUCAGAGUGUGCUGCAGCUUACGUGGAUCCUAGGGGUCUUACGAAUUCUAUAGGUGCUGAUGUUCAAUCUGUUGGUAAAGAUAUGAUUUAUACGAUUCAUAGCAACACAAAGUUGAGAAACAUAAAGCAUAAUAUUGCAGACUGUGGUGUUUCUGUGACAUCUUUUGGGAAGAAGUAUUAUAUCGGUGCUAAGAUUGAGGAUACUGUUCUUGUUGGGAAAAGACUAAAAUUUGUCCUAAAUGCAGGCCGCAUAGUAGGUGCCGGGCAAGUGGCAUAUGGUGGGAAUUUUGAAGCAACACUAAGAGGAGGAGAUUUUCCUGUGAGAAAUGACAAUGUAAGUCUUGCAAUGACAGUCCUCUCCUCCAAUAAAGAGAUGGUGUUGAGUGGAAGCUUACAAUCCGAAUUCAGGCUGGGCAGAAAUUCUAAGGCUUCUGUUAGUGCUAAUCUUAAUAGUCGGAAAAUGGGGAAAAUAUGUAUAAAGACAAGUAGCUCAGAGCAUUUACAAAUUGCUCUUGUUGCAGUGUUCUCAAUUUUCAAUGGCUUGCUACGUACAAAGGGAGCUGAUAACAUGAGGAAGGAAGCAAGGGAUGGGGGCUAAGGUGUUGAUUUUCUGGCACUCAUCUCAUUUCUGUUUAUGGAUUUAAUUGAAGUGGUGAAGUAGUCUAGAUACCAAACAUAGACUUAGUCCUUUCCCUGCCGAGGGAAAACAUGUAGAUUUUAAUUCUUUUGAGGAGGCUGCUCGAGAAUUUUGUUGUUCUUGAUGCUACCGAUGCCUGUCUUGAAGAAUGUCAAAGGUUGAUUUCUUGAACCUGUUUCUAUCAGAAGUGUUUCUGAAAAAUAAGGUAUCAACAAAAUAAAUUACAACUGUGUAGCAUAGCAAAGCAACGAAAGUUUUUGGUUUCGUUUAUUGUUCCAGUAAGUUGGAAUGUGGAUAAAUUUAACACAGCGAUGUUUCCAAGAAAUAUGAAAAGUGUUCCUGAGGCUUUUUAGACUA